CUCAAACGCGUUAGUGCUUCGUCUUCGUAAGCAACUGAAACAAGCUUUUCCCCCGUUUUUCCACAUUAGAAAAGUCAUCUUUAACGAUUAUUAUGGGUCGUCCUAAAGGUGGUGCGAAAGGAGGUAGAAGAGCAGCGGAGAAGGAUCCAAACAAACCCAAACGUCCUACGUCUGCUUACUUUUACUUCGCUCAGCACAAAAGAGAAGAAUUAGCUAAGGCCGGAACACCUAUCACUCGUGUUGCUGACUUUACAAAACAAGUUUCGGAAGAAUGGAGGAACCUGACGCCUUCGGCUAAGAAACCUUUCGAAGAAAAAGCUAAAGUUGACAAGACCAGAUACGACAGUGAAAUGGCUAACUACAAAGGACGUAAGACACCUUCGAAGGAUCCAAACAAGCCAAAGAGACCAUGUUCUGCCUACUUUUUAUUUUUGGCUGAUUUUAGAAGCGAGAACAAAGAGAAAUAUUCGGAACAUAAGGAUUUGAUCAAGGCCGCUGGAGCUGCUUGGCAAGAUAUGAACGAGGGAGAAAAGAAACCUUACGAGAAAAAAGCCGAAGAAGAGAAAAAGAAAUACAAUGAAGCUAUGUCUAUUUACAACAAGGGGACUAGCGGAGGUCCAUCAGCAAAGAAAGCAAAAACUGAGGAAGAAAAUGGUGACGAAGAUGAUGAUGAUGGCGAAGAAGAUGACGAAGAUGAUGAUGAUGACGACGAAUAG